AGGAAAAUAGCAAAAUAGCUCGGACUUGUCACCGAUUAUAAGAGCCGUUCCACUGCAUGUAGGUUGUGUCGUGUAGCGGGACCCGCGUCCACUUCAGCCCCCCAACGCGCUGACACACUUAUCUAAUUCCCAGCUGUGUGAAAACCAGCAAAAACAACGCAAGCUCGCCACGUCAGUGGGAGUGAGCGAGACGCAACUGAAACACAGGCCAGGGGCAGACAAGGAGGAGGAGUAGGAAAGGAGAGCCUGUAAUCAGCAGAACACACAAAGGGAAGCCGCUUCCACCCGCCCACGUCCCCCUCUGUCCAUCCACCGUCUGGGCAAUCCACCAUCAUGUUCAGCAACUUCAAAGAGCGCUUUAUGACGGCACUGGCGCCCGAUCUUCCCCCGCUGCCGAGCAACGACCGCAGCGACCACCACCAUCGGCGGUUCGGGGGCCAGCAGAUGCCGGACAAGUUCCCGUACGCCCGGCCCCCGUUCCUGCAGUUGCUCACCGCGGACGAACUGCGCGCAUCGGCGGACCACAAUGUGCGGCCCAUUAUCGUGCCGAGGGACAUCAAUCUGCUGCCGUGGGGCACUGGCUACGCCGAGUGCGUCAACUCGGGUAAGUCCGAGUGGAACGAGGACCAGAGCGCCUUCUGCCGGCAGGUGCUGUCCGAUCCGGAACACAAGCAUCCCGAUUUACCAUACACGUACUUUGGCAUCUUCGAUGGCCAUGCCGGGUAUGGGGCCGCCCUGGCUGCCUCCCAUCAAUUCCACCACAUUCUGCACGAGACGCUGGUGGACUGCAUCGAGUUGCUGCUGCCCCGGGAAACGGAUACCGGCGAGAACGGGCGGCUCAAUCCGACAUUCCCGCACCCCAUUUACUUUCAGCGGCGCGUGUCCAAGGACGAGCUGAUCAUCGGCGCCUUGGAGAGCGCCUUCUUCAGCAUGGAUUCACUGAUAGCCCAGGACAGCAAUCGGUACCGCGAUGCGGGUGGAUGCACCGCCUGCGUUUCGCUCUUUAUCGACGGAAAGAUGUACGUGGCCAAUGCUGGUGACAGCCGGGCCGUGCUCUGCCAGCGCCGGGCCAAUCAGCCGACCGAGCCGAAGGACAGUUCUGUGAUCGAGCCGGAUCCGCUGGAGGCGAGCUGCUAUCCAGUGCCCUUCUCGGCGGACCACACGCCGGAGACGGAGCGCGAGCGGCUGCUCAAUGUGGCUAGGCUGAAGCCGCACCUGAUGGCCAAUCAUUAUGUGGCCAUGGAGUACGCAAAGCGGCCCCACAUCAAGGACAUGGGGCAGCGCAUCCUCUGCCGCCAGGGCACCAUGAAAGGCUGGACCUACAAGACGCUCACUCGCGACGAUCUCCGCAUGCCCGUGGUCAACGGGGAGGGAAAGAGGAGCCGGCUCCUGGGUACGCUGGGCGUCUCCCGCGGCUUUGGAGACCACGAGCUGCUGGCCAUCAACACGGGCAUCCAGAUCAAGCCAUUCCUCACCCCCCAUCCAGAUGUGCGUCAGCGCGAUCUCACCCAGGUGGUCAGCAUCCCGGACGAGCACAAUCAAGACGGCGACUACGGUGUGCUCGUGAUGGCCACCGACGGCCUCUGGGACGUGUCCGAGAACGAGGCCGUCUCCCGCACCGUCUUCCAAACGCUCUCCAAGUACCCGACCGAGAAGCAUCGCUACACCAUGGUCGCCCAGGAGCUGGUGGCCCGUGCCCGCGGCAAGAUAAACGACUCCGGCCAUUGGCGGCUCGCAGACAGCAAGGCGGCAGCCACCGUCGACGAUAUCUCGGUGAUUGUCAUCCCCGUCUAUCAGUAUUACAAGGAGCACAUUGAAUGGACGCAGAACUACACGCGCGACCUAGAGAAGCGGCGUCGCAGAGCCCAAGCCAACAUGGCCCAAGAGGCCCAGGAAGGCAAUUUGCUUAAUGGGGUCAUUGCUGAGGAAGCCCACGUCGAGGAGGAGGAGGAGGACGGCGAAGUGGUGGUCCUCGAGGCCAAGGCCCAGAUACAGUCAGAGCCGUUGCAGCUACCGCAUGCAGAGGCUGAGGAAGUUCUGGUGGUCGAGAUAAGUACAUCGCCUGAACAAUCAGAGUCCCGGGAGAGCGCAGCCUCCACGGGCACGGCCACAGCUACGGCGGAUGAAGAAGCUUCUGUCACGGCACCCGCCUCGCAGAGGGACAGCGCCACAGUAGCGCAACAGCAGCAGCAACGCAGUCGCAAAGGCAACAAGGGCAAGCAUUAAAGCGAAUGCACCAGGAUAUAUAUAUAUAUAUAUUAUGCGUCAUACAUAUAUAUACACACACACACACACAGCAAUAUUCAAAUGGAGACGAUAUGGAAACAGCGACAGAUGCAGUGGCAGCUGGCAGCGGCUGUGGCAGCUGGCAGCGGCAGUUGGGAGAUACGUCUACUACUAGUAUAUUUUUUUACACUCCAUAAAAAGGCAUAUUCAGAACAUUCAAGUUUAUACAUAAUUUGCUUAUGUACAAGAUCGGACAGGAGAGCGGAUAACUUCGUUGCAUUGUACAAUAAUUUUCUGUAACUAAAUGUGUUUGUGUCUGUCAAAAACCACCUACAUAGAACGGUGAAAAUUAAUUCAAUUCAAUUAAAUCAAAAGUCAAUGAAUCCAAUUGAAAGCAAAAGCAAAAAACAAACCAGAAAUUAGUUAGUAUUAUAAGCUGCGUAAUAACAAUAAUAUAAAUAUAUAUAUAAA